AUGGGGCGGAAGCGGGGGCGGAAGCGGAAGAGCCUCGUUCGCAAAGCAGCGGAAUUUGUAAAAGCGAAGAAGAAGUCUCAGCAAGCCUCUACGUGGAGAGGUUUCCGAUGGGCGCUGCAGCACGCGGCUGGCAGGUUGAAGAAGCCAGAUUGGCAGCGCUUUUGGAGGGAAGCUGGAUUUGCCAUCGCGCCAGAGAGGCUAGCGGCUGAAGUGUUCUGGCUACGGCAUUUCAAAGCAGCUCAGCUGGCAAUUGGUGCUGGCGCCGGGAAGCAUCCAGCGAGCCCGAGAGAUAUCAACUUUGGAGACAACGCGGGCAGUCUGGCAGCACUCAUGAUGGGCGGUGACCAAGAUGUAUACCUGGGGAGAUUGCGUGUGAUCAACCCGCUGCUCACUUGGAACUCUGGGGACUUUGACAUCCCGGCUGCGGUCUUCGGUUCUGAAAUUCAUGCGAUGAAAAAGGGCGAAGAUGGUCUUGUCAUGGAGCUGAAGAAGACAGAGAUGUGGUCCUCAUGGGAGAAUCCGCAUGUGAGGUUGUGCGAUGUUAGCGGAGCCUUGACUACGUUCUGCUACACCUUUGAAACAGACGGCACUGUGGAUGAUGAUACUUUGGUGGAGAUGCUUCAAAGCACCCGCUUCGAAAGGGGUUGGCGUUUGAUGGAACUUGGAAUGGUAGCAGCGCUUCAUGAGAAGAAUGCACUGGAGGCCGAUUUGUUAGACUGGGAAGGUCGAGACAUGAAGUUGUUGGAAAAGGCCACUGAAAUCCAAGCGGAGGAGGAGUUCAUGUUCCCAAGGCAGUUUCAGCGUAGGCCAAGCCUGUGCCGAAAAAGGUCCUUAGCCUUUCUCGAAGCGGUGAUCCAUGCAGAGAUUGUUCCGGGGAUGGACAUCCGAGAUUUGCAGGCCAGCAGUGACCCGCAGAAGGUGACGGUCAGCUAUGGCUUCCAUGAAACCAUCUCGGAGACAGGACAUGCAAAUUUCCAUCUUGCAGCUUCUGCUUUGGAGGUGGAUCCCAUCCUCCAGGAAGCAGUGGAGAAAUAUCCGCAGCCCAAGGAUGUUGGGGUGAUUGGCGGCGGGCCCACUGGUGUGGAAAUCGCUGCGGACUUGGCGGAUUUCCUUUCGGGCGAUGCCAAAGAGUUGUAUCCCAAGCUCAUGAAGUACGUGAACGUCAAGCUGAUCAACACAGGUGUCGAGGUUCUGCCAAACUACAGAGUGACAGAGAUCACCAAGAAAGAAGUCAAGAUGAGAAAGAAGAGCGGCGAGGAAAUGCCGCUGGGACCUGAAGAUCCUGUGCCCCUUUGCAUUGUUUGGGCUGCAGGGAUCAAGCAGAAUGAGCUCACCAGCCAGCUGGAAGCAGCCUUGCUAGAACUGAAUGAUGAUGGAAAUAUGCUCUUCAAGGCGGCGGACUUGGACAAUUUCGGUGAUCUCACUUUGACUGAGCUCAGGGACCUCUUCCAGGGCGCCUCGGACGAGUUCCCGCAGCUGGAGGGAUAUGGGCAGUAUUUGUCUGCUGUGGUGGAUGAGAAAUCGAAUCCACUUGCUAGUGGAAUUACCACAUUAGGAUCAAGUUGUAGAAGCAGAGACUGCGGUGGAAGAUUGCUCAAUAGCAGUGUGAAUAGUAUCAUGGCGAGUUUGGUUGUGACACUGGCGGCACCGUUGCCACGUCCAGAUCACACCCUGGCACGUGAACUGAUCCUGAAAGGGCUGAAGCAAUGCAAUGAGGAAGCCAUUUACAAAAUUCGUGCCCAAUCGAAGCGAACGGUUUAUGUGCGACUACGUCAGAAAGAGUCGCUCACGCUGUUCCUGAGCGAUAUGAACAAAAGCGGCCACACUGCGACGAGUUUAUCCGAAGAAGCUCACAAGGAGAAGGUGGCUGGUGAUGAUGAGCUCAAGAAGCGCAAGAUGCAGCAGGCGGCCGAAGCUAGCUCUGUUGCAGCUGAGAACUCCAGGGCGGCUUUGCACUUGUUGGAGCUACGAGGACAAGGCGGCUCACCGAAGCGGCAACGGCAAUUCAUGGACAGAAUCGCUGGGGUGCUAGACAGGUCACAGCGGUUGCUCACAGCCGGUCUUCGAGUUCGUGAAAUGGCAGAUGCAGAAGCUCCCGAGUCUGCCAUGGCAACUAAUUUGGCUGCACCGAAGUUUUCACCGCAGAAGCGGGCGAAGCGUGAGCAGGCGGCGUUGGGAGUGAGCGUCUUCGAGGUGGUCUGCUAUGCAUCCGAUGCACAGCUCAUCUUCGAUAUGGAGCCUGGCAUUCCGCUUUACCUUGUGGAUGUUUCGCAGCCUGGAAAACCAAGCCCUUGGUAUGCCUUCAGGGAUCGAUUCGAACAAUUUCUGGGAGAAGGACAUGCUGCAGACUUUGGAUCAUCCCUGUCGCAACUGGAUGAAGAAUCACAGAUUCACCUGUCUGCGGAGAGCAUCGCUCCUUGGCGGACGGGCCUGUAUGUUGGUGGGAAGGACAAUCUGAUCCCAGCGCUCUGGUUGUUGGAGCAGUUCCUGACAUGGCGCGUGGGCUGUGAAGAUUAUUCUGGUGGCAUGCCUGAGGUAGCGAUCAUUCUUCGCACGUCAGUGGACAUCACGCCCUGGGUGCAGACGUGCUCGCUGCGGCUGAAGGUGGAGCAGAAGGACUUCGAUCUGGAACAUGCGAAGAAGUUGGUUGCCCCAACGUGGAGCGGGCAUCUGAGGAUUACAGUUGUUGGCAAGGGCACGGAUGGUGGAUGUCAUGCAGAGCUGCGAGGGCCUACGUGGCAGUUGCGCGAUAUGUUCGCAAACUGGUCAGGACACUAUGAGAGAAAGGACGGCACGGUGCUGAUGGCACGAGAGAUGGGUGCUAUGUAUUGCAGACAAAGCCCUCAAAUGACCGAACAAGUGAUGGUCUCGGUCCUGAUCGAGUUGACGAAGAAGGUCUAUGUGAGGAGCAUGGAGUUCAAAGGUAGCCUGAGGCUCAUGUGCACCGAAGAAAGUUGGAGCAGCUUUUUAAAGGAUCAAGUUGUAGAGUCAGUGAAGACCGCUCCAUGCAGCAGUGUGAAUAGUAGCAUGGUCCUGAUCCUGAAAGGGUUGAAGCAAUGCAAUGAGGACGCCAUGUACAAAAUUCGUGGCCAACUGAAGCGAAUGGUUUGCGUCCGACUAUGUCUGAAAGAUUGUCUCAUGCUGUUCCUGAACGAUGUGUCCCAGCAGCAGCUCCAAACUCUAAUGUCUCUCAGCGAUGCAUGGGCGGGCAUGGAAUUCUUCCGUCGAAGAUGGAUCAUUGCGGAAGACUCAAAUGCAGAUGAUGCCCACAAGUGGACCAUCAAGCACCAGCGUUAUUGCUGCUUGCUUGAGCAGAAGGCUUGUAUGAAGAAGGAUCGUGUACAAAAUCAACAAGACGAAGCAACUGGGCCUGAACUCCAGGGCCCAGCAACGGUCAAGGAGGUCAUGUUUUGGUUCAAUUUCGUGUCUAGCGAAGUCCUCGUUCCCGGCAAAACGAAGAUCGUGGUGCAAGAGGAUCCCUACGAUGCUCAGAUGCCACCCGAGGUGGUGAAGAUCUAUGAUCGUAUGAAGACGGAACCUGUGGAGCAUGAGCAUCACUUCAAUUGUUUCGAAGCUGUUGUCCAAUUGGUACUGUGGAUGGUCCCCGAGGAAGAGGGAAUGGCGCUGACCGGGGCUGCCCUGGUGCCUGGCAUGGACAUGGACAUGGACAUGCUCACUGGAGCAGCGCGGAUGUGCCGCGCACACCUGCAGUGGGAUAUCCAUGUCAUCCUGGAGGGAUGUGACGCGUUCGCUCAGAUUAAGGCAGUUUUUGCAGAGACAUGCCAAUAUGGGGCCUUCGGAGCUGAGCGUUCUGCCAUGGCAACCAAUGUGGCUGCACCGAAGUUUGCACCGCAGAAGCGGCCGAAGCGUGAGAAAGCUGAGUUGGGAGUGAGCGUCUUCGAGGUGGUCUGCUACGCAUCCGAUGCACAGCUAAUCUUCGAUAUGGAGCCUGGCAUUCCGCUUUACCUCGUGGAUGUUUCGCAGCCUGGAAAACCAAGCCCUUGGUAUGCCUUCAAGGAUCGAUUCGAACAAUUUCUGGGAGAAGGACAUGCUGCAGACUUUGGAUCAUCCCUGUCGCAACUGGAUGAAGAAUCACAGAUUCACCUGUCUGCGGAGAGCAUCGCUCCUUGGCGGACGGGCCUGUAUGUUGGUGGGAAGGACAAUCUGAUCCCAGCGCUGUGGUUGUUGGAGCAGUUCCUGACAUGGCGUGUGGGCUGUGAGGAUUAUUCUGGUGGCAUGCCUGAGGUUGCGAUCAGUCUUCGUACGUCAGUGGAUAUCACGCCGUGGGUGCAGACGAGCUUGCUGCGGCUGAAGGUGGAGGAAAAGGACUUCGAUGUGGAGCAUGCGAAGAAGUUGGUUGCACCAACGUGGAGCGGGCAUCUGAAGAUUACAGUUAUCGGAAAGGGUACGGAUGGUGGAUGUCAUGCAGAACUGCGAGGGCCCACGUAUCAGUUGCGCGAUAUGUUCGCAAACUGGUCAGGACACUAUGAGAGAAAGGACGGCACGGUGCUGAUGGCACGAGAGAUGGGUGCUGUGUAUUGCAGGCAAAGCCCUCAAAUGACCGAGCAAGUGAUGGUCUCGGUCUUGAGCCAGUUGACGACGAAGGUGUAUGUGCGAAGCAUGGAGUUCAAAGGUAGCUUGAGGUUUGAGGCCAAUGCGGAGAGAGAUGAAGCAAAAAGCAACUUUUUGCUCACCUUGGUGCGAUGCCUGAUCUUACGCUCACCAGCUGGUGGAACUCAGCUUUCCGUGAAGCAGGUCAUGCAGAUGGUCUUUGGACAUUUCCUGGUUAUGCAACUCUUGAUCUCGCCUGUCGCGAACUCUAUUCUGGAGUAUACCACACGUUAUGGCUUGGAUAUGUUGGAAUCCAUCGGCGCAGCUCCCUCCUGCUACUUGACAUUGAUGCGACUCCGCUCGAGCAAAGUGUCGCUUGGGCGGAUUGAGCCGGAUAAGCAGUCAGAUGGACGUUCUGCAGGAUCACAGGGGGGCACCCCAAAAUGCACAGGGAGCGCCGGCGUCCCAAAGCCGGUAGGGAGCACCGGCGUCCCAAAGCCGGUAGGGAGCACCGGCGUCCCAAAGCCGGAUUCCAGCCGAAAUCUUAGAAGGGAGGAGACAAAAG